GAUAGAGCCGAGGCCCAUCAAACCCACCACAAUACCCGGAGUCCGACGGCGGCGGCGGCGGCGAUGGCGAGGGGCGUCUCCUACGUGUCGGCGGCGCAGCUCGUCCCCAUGCUCCGGGACUCCCGCAUCGCCGUCGUCGACGUCAGGGACGAGGAGAGGAUGUACGACGCGCACAUCGCCGGGUCGCACCACUUCGCCAGCGACAGCUUCGCGGAGCGGCUGCCGGAGCUGGCACAGGCCACCACGGACAAGGAAACCCUCGUCUUCCACUGUGCCCUCAGCAAGGUGAGGGGUCCAUCUUGUGCACAAAUGUAUCUGGACUAUUUGUCAGAGGCUAAGGAAGAUUCAGGCAUAAAGAACAUCAUGGUCCUUGAACGUGGAUUUAAUGGAUGGGAACUCUCAGGGAGACCUGUUUGCCGCUGCAAGGAUGCUCCUUGCAAGCGUGUGUGCUCUUGAGCAUCCAUAACGAACUAUGCAUAACUGCACGAUUGAAAUUCGGUUGCUAUCUGCAAGCUGGCCAUUUAUAUUUUAUGGUUACUACAGCUCAUUAAAAUUGUGUAUCUCGCUUUGGUGGAUUGGCAAUUUGUUCUAUAUGCCUCCAGCCAUUGAAUACCUGUUAAUGUCACUUCAAGGCAUGUAAACUGAAAAACACAUUGGUCAUUAUUGAAAAUAUUCUGCUUCUUCCAAA